CAUUGGAUAUGUUUACACUUUAAACAUCUGAUAUGGUUAUUAAAAUAAAAGCCUGGGGAUUUUGAAAACAUCAAUAUUUAUAAUUUGAAAAACCACCCUGAAGCGAAUUGUACAGCUAAAGUAACAGGCUUGCGAUUAUUUUUCAUCAAGAAAUUGUUAUUACAAGUUAAGUAGGUUUUAAACAUACGAACAAAAAUGGAUGAAAAAAUUGACGGAGUUUUUCGCACAAGAACCCUCGGGAUAGGUGCUAGAGGAAUACCUGAUCAAUACGCAGACGGAAAAGCAGCUAGGGUAUGGCAUAAAUAUAUUGGAGAUGAGCAACAAAGAACAGGAUAUUAUAAAGAUCAACUAGUUUCUAUUUUAAAAGAACACAAUUGCCAACAUGUUCUUGAUGUUGCUUGUGGAACUGGUAUUGAUUCAGUUCUACUGCUUGAAGAAGGAUUCAAAGUAACUAGUGUUGAUGCAUCUGAUAAAAUGCUUAAGUAUGCACUUAAGAAACGCUGGGAAAGAAGAAAAGAGCCUGCAUUUGAUAACUGGGUGAUUGAGGAGGGAAAUUGGUUGCGUUUAAAGGAGGCUGAUAUUAAAGUUCCAGGAAAUGGUUUUGAUGCAAUUAUUUGUAUGGGAAAUUCAUUUGCUCAUUUGCCUGAUUUUGAUGGAACACAGAAAUCACAUCGAACAGCUAUUACUAAUUUCUAUGAUCUGUUACGGCCUGGUGGGAUAUUAUUGAUUGAUCACAGGAAUUAUGAUACUAUUGUAAAAGGACACAAAGCACCAAUGAAAAAUAUAUAUUACCAGAGUAAGAGUCGCGUGGAUUGCAAAACUUCUGUUCUUAUGGUGGAUGGUAGCUAUCACAUGGUUACUUUAGAUUAUAUUGUUUACGAGGAUGAUAAUGACAAUGAAGGAUGUAAGUUCCGCUUAUCGUAUUAUCCUCACUUGCUAUCUAAGUUUGACAAUCUUAUUGACGAAAUAUUUGGAGAAGGUCGUCAAACUGUACUUGCUGAUUUUAAAAAAUUGGACGAAGUUGACAACCCUUCUUACUUCAUCCACAUUUGCAAAAAGAAAGAAUAAUUCUUUGGAAUAUGAAAUUUUUUUGAACGCUUCAAUAAUUGUGGCAUUACAUUAUAUUUGUUGUGUCUCUUUUUAUAAUUUUUG